GUGUUGUCUUCCCAAGACACCACCGACUUUGAAGAGUUGCUGGCUGGGCUCCAUGGCGAGGUUGCCGUGCCCCAGCACUUAGUGUCGUUCUCAGUGUGGGAUAUACUAAAGAAGUCUGCCAUCAACUUGGUGUUGCCGUUCAUCAACGGGAUCAUGUUAGGGUUCGGCGAGAUCUUGGCCCAUGAGAUCGGGUUCAGGUACAACUUCGUUGGUGCCAGGGUUCAGCCCCCACGCAGGUUGCAGAAGAGACAGGAAUCGAGGUUCUUGUGA